UUACACCCAAGAAAUCCCGUUUAGGGUAUAUAAGCGUCCAAGCAUAUAACCUUGCGAGUAUACAAAAAUAAUUGGUACGGAUGCUCGGCAUACACAGCGCAUCGCGAAAUGGCGCUGGGAGAAAAAAAUGCUCUUCCACUGUCUCGCGUGUCCGUCCGCUUCCGUAGCCACACGAAGGUACUCGCGACUGUUCCGUGCCAAUCGUGCUCGAUCGAGUCGAACCCCGAUAUCUAUAUUGUAUGAAGCGUCGAAGUACGCGUGUAACAGAGGACAAUAGAUACGUUAGCAUCGAUAAAAAAUUCAUAUUAAUUCUAAAAACGAUGGAACUUGUUUGUCUCGCUUCUUUCGAUGUCCGCGACACUCCUGAACAGCUCACGACUCGAACGUCGUCGAAGGAUAUCGAUCUGCCUGGAACGCAAACUUACGUCGUGACACGGCGUGUAAUUGCAGCGAAACCGCGUACAAUCGGUCAUUUUGCCAAGGAAAUCGCACUCUGGCCUCUUAUUUCCACGAAUCGUCAGUACGGCCGGUGGCAGCAUCGAUCCGGCAUAACGAACACAUCUUAAUAUAUUUAUUAUUAUCUAUAUCGAGGGGAACUUUAUCGAACCGUUCGACCCGCUUCAUUAUAUUACAAGCCACCUUGAUGCAAACGCUUGGUUCGUGAGCGAUGAAUUCCGCCGAGCUCCGGUUUUCAACGUACAACAAAGCGUGAGGCAGCUGCGGCCGACGCACCUCACCAAUGAGCUCGGCUGACGAGCGCGCGACGCGAUUGGUGCGCCGUUGCCGGCCUCGUUUCGUAUAAAAGCGCACGUCGGCCGGCCGCACGGCUCACUCGAUAACUGGACUUCGACCAGUUAGCAUCUCGUCUCACGUUGCUGAAGACACUUUCGUUGGUUGACUUGCGUCAUGCCGCCAAAAGCCAGUGGGAAAGCUGUGAAAAAAGCCGGUAAGGCUCAGAAGAAUAUCAGCAAGACCGACAAGAAGAAGAAGCGGAAGAGGAAGGAAAGUUACGCCAUUUACAUUUACAAGGUGCUGAAGCAGGUGCACCCGGAUACCGGAAUCUCCAGCAAGGCGAUGAGCAUCAUGAACAGCUUCGUGAACGACGUGUUCGAGAGAAUCGCUGCCGAGGCGUCACGACUGGCGCACUACAACAAAAGAUCGACGAUCACUUCCCGUGAGAUACAGACGGCGGUGAGGCUACUGCUGCCCGGCGAAUUGGCCAAGCACGCAGUCAGCGAAGGCACGAAAGCAGUGACGAAAUACACCAGCUCCAAGUGAAAAAUUUUCUUCACUCGGCGGCUACUUGACGCAUGCACCCAUCGGCCCUUUUCAGGGCCAAAAUGUCUCAAAACGUGGAUAUCUUGUUCGAUUUGUUCACAAUGCUUUAAGUUUAAUUGCGCAUUUGUACGCUGUUUCCGGUGUUGUAAUCGGCGACGGAAAGAUUAUACGACGUUUUCUGUUGAGUUUCGUAAUGUAUCCGCAUUUAAUCCCAAGAAAUCACCAAACAGUAACGUUACAUCAGUGUUAUUUCUUACUCAAUAGUGCAAUAUAACAUGCAUUAUAUAUGACAGUUAUAUUUGCUGAGUAGGGAAUUAUAACAUUUUUGUAAUGUUACUAUUAGUUGGUGUUUAAUAUGAGAAAAUAUGAGUUUUUUUUUCAUUUUCGGAAU